CACGGCUCCACGCUCCUCCCGCGCUUCCUGGGCAUGUACCGGGUCAGUGUGGACAGUGAGGAGACCUACCUGCUGGUGAUGAGGAACAUGUUCAGCCACCGCCUCCCUGUGCACAGGAAAUAUGACCUGAAGGGCUCCCUCGUGUCCCGAGAGGCCAGCGACAAGGAGAAGGGCAAGGACCUGCCCACCUUGAAGGACAUGGACUUCUUGAACAAGAACGAGAAGGUCUACGUGGGGGAGGAGGAGCAGAGGGAUUUCAUGGAGAAGCUCAAGAGGGACGUGGAGUUCCUGGUGCAGCUGAAGAUCAUGGAUUACAGCCUUCUCCUGGGAAUCCACGAGGUGGGGCGGGUGGAGCAGGAGGCGGAGGAGGAGGUGGAGGAAGAAGAAG